AUGGCUACGAAGCAGCCCUUGAAGACGACUUUUGACGUCGAUCGUGUGAUUCGACCGAUAUUUACUGGCGGUUCUGUAUCAAUCGACAACGAUGCGCAGAUCUUGGCCACAACAAUUGGCGAGGAUGCUAUCCUGACGAACCCCGCCAACGGUCGGCAUCUUGGUGAAAUCGAAGGAGAUGGAGAGCUCAUUUCUACCCUUACUUUGACACCUUCUGCUUCGCAUCUCAUCAUCUGCUCUCGAUCACUGUCUAUGAGAAUAUUUUCGCUCAAGAAAUCGGCCGACGGAAGUUCUGUUGAAUCAUCACUUAUUCGAACUCUUAAACCCCAUACCACGCCGGUGUCUGUCCUUGCAGUCGAUCGAACAAGCACGCUCCUCGCCACCGGCGGCACCGACGGCGCGAUCAAGGUCUGGGAUAUUGCUGGAGGGUAUGUGACCCAUACAUUUCGCGGACCUUCAGUCCUUGUUUCGGCUUUGCACUUCUUCGAGGUUGCAUCUCGAUCCCAAGACGCCGGGCGUUCUCGCAAGGGCAAAGGACAAGCGCGGGACGACGGCGAAGAAGAAGAUUCGAACACGACUAGCUUCAGGCUCAUUUCCGGAAGUCAGGAUGGAAAAGUCAAAGUCUGGGACUUGAACAAGCGGAGUUGCAUCGCAAACCUUGACUCGCAUGUCUCUAACGUGCAGGGCCUAGACUAUUGCCCGACUCAGCAUGCCAUCGUAACCGCGAGUCGAGACAAGACGCUCAUCUGGUGGGAUGCUAAGUCUUGGAAGAUCCGCAAAGUUGUGCCCUGUUUAGAGCUUGUUGAAGCUGCCGGGUUUCUUGACGAUGGAAACUUGACGUAUUCAGCUGGUGCCACCGGUUGCCUGCGUAUCUGGGACACCGAUACGGGCAAGGAGCUGACACCAAAGCAAUCGGAGAAGAGCGAAGAAGAGGCAUUCGUAACCGCUCUGAAUACCCCCCGUCUACCAUUUAUUCUAGGUGUUCAGGUAGACCAUACGCUGGCCCUUUACAAAACUCCAACGAAGGCCGAUCCUACAUCCCUCUCUGCGCCUAAGCCUUUUCGCCGCAUUUCUGGAACCCACGACGACAUAAUCGAUCUUGCCUAUAUGCUGCCAGAUAGCACUAUGCUGGCAUUGGCCACAAACUCCGAGGACAUUAGAUUGGUAUCUGUCGUGGAUUCCGAUGCAGAGGGUGCUUCCGCGGCGUGGGACCUUGAUGGCGCGCCAUACUUCGGCCAAGAUACAGCAUUGCUUAAAGGGCAUGAAGAUAUUGUCAUCUCACUGGAUGUCGAUUGGUCUGGGCACUGGAUUGCUACCGGUGCAAAGGAUAAUACGGCUAAGCUUUGGCGAAUCGAUCACACAAACCGAUCGUACACAUGUUGGGCAACCUUCUCAGGACACGCCGAGUCCCUCGGUGCAGUUGGUCUUCCUCACACAGCACCACAAGAGAGCUCGCAGGCAUUCAAAGAUCCCUUAUCUCACCCUCCUGCCUUCAUAAUUACCGGUUCCCAGGACCAGACUAUCAAGAAGUGGGAGGUGCCUCGUAAGCCGCUGCAGCAGGGCUCAAAGCUGGGAGCUAAAGCACUUUAUACUCGAAAGGCCCAUGACAAGGAUAUCAACGCCAUCGAUGUUCAUCACUCCGGGAACUUGUUCGCGUCAGCCUCUCAGGACAAAACUGUGAAAAUUUGGUCUGUUGCCGAGGGAGAAGUGCAAGGUAUUCUACGUGGCCACAAGCGAGGUGUAUGGUCGGUACGAUUUUCGCCCGCGAACCUUCCUACGCUACAGGGCGAUGACGGACCCGUCACGGGCAAGGGUGUCGUUCUUACGGGCAGCGGUGACAAGAGCAUCAAGCUAUGGAGUCUGGCCGACUACACCUGCAUUCGAACAUUUGAGGGGCAUUCAAACAGUGUAUUGAAGGUCGCAUGGCUCAACAUGCCCGUCAAGGGCGAGCAGAGGAAAACAGUCCAGUUUGUUAGUGCCGGCGGUGAUGGACUUGUUAAGGUUUGGGACGCGAAUUCGGGCGAGACAGAGUGCACGCUGGACAAUCACGAGGACAGAGUAUGGGCAGUUGCUGUCCAGGCAAAGACAAAUAUGAUUGUCUCUGGCAGCGGUGACUCGACAGUCUCUUUUUGGAAGGAUACCACAACAGAGACACGAGCGGCCGCGUCCAAGGCUGCGCUGGAGUUGAUUGAGCAGGAGCAGGAGCUGCAAAACCACAUCCACGCCGGCUCUUACAGAGAGGCGAUCACACUGGCAUUGCAACUGAAUCAUCCCGGGCGACUAUUGUCUCUCUUCACCUCGGUUGUGACUGGGGAGAAGAAGGAUGAGGGGAGUCACACUGGCUUGCGAGCUGUGGAUGAAGUUCUCGGCAAUCUUUCCGACGACCAGAUUUUCCUUUUGUUACUCCGCCUUCGCGAUUGGAACACGAAUGCGCGCACUGCUCCUAUUGCACAGAGGAUUCUUUGGGCUCUCGUGCGCAGCUACCCGGCUUCCAAAUUUUCCAACUUGUCUGUCAGGGGAGCCAAGGGACAGCAGAGCCUCAAGGACAUUCUACAAGCAUUGAGAGUCUACACCGAGAGACACUACAAGCGCAUGGAGGAGUUGGUGGACGAGAGCUAUUUGGUAGAGUACACGUUGCAGGAGAUGGAUAACCUUGCCCCUGUAGCAGGUGAGGAUGAGCCCAUGGAGGAUGCUGUGUCGGUGGCAUAG